AUGACAAAAAAACUUCCGUUGCACAUCAAACUCCAGCGGAAGCCCAUUUCCAGGGCAUGUGAGUUUUGCCAUCAGAAGCAUCUUCAAUGUGACUCCACCAGACCUUGCAAAAACUGUGUCAAAAGAAACGUUGCAGAUUAUUGUCGAGAUGUCCAAAGAAAAAGAACAAAAAGUAAAAGUACCGGCUCUUCGGGGCCCAAAGGAAUAAGAAAACCGUCUGGAAAUCUUAAAGCCCCGCGAUUUCAAAACGUGGGGAAGCUGGAAGAAGAUCAGCGAUCGAUUGUUGCCGGCAUCGAGACAUCAUCAGAACCCCUUGUAUCAUUAGAUUAUCCUACAGUAACCGCAACUAUUAAUGAUAUACUGGUAGAACCUGCUGUGACUGAUCCAGGGGAUUUGCUAAACCUGAAGUUCGAUAAUGACACGCCCGAAAGCAAAGGGCCUACUGUUUACGUUGAUCCAUCGCCAAUUAUACAGGCUAGUAACAAUGACAUUAAUGUUAACGGUGAUGAUAUCAAUGUUAGUACCAAUAAUAAUCAUAAUAUUACCAGCAUUGACGUGGAUGACAAUAGUAUAGUUUCCCACCAUUCCGCUGACUCGUCGCAUCUCAAGCAGAAUUCAACGACCCCACCACAGAGACCUACUGAGUGUGUAAAUGCGACUGAUGACACUAAUGAUGGAAUUAUAAACAACUUAGAUGCAGAUUUCGAUUUUUUCGAUGAUGUUGCGGACUUAGCUGGUGGUGCAAAUUUCGGCCUUCAGAAUCAAAGUCCUGAUGACCAAGGCAUAAGUAAUCUAUUUUAUGAUGGGUUGAACAAUCAAAUGAUUUUCAGGCCGUUUAUAAAGUUGGGAGAUCAUGAAAAUAUCAUAAAUAGUGGAUCAUCCAGUGAUGAUCCUGCAUUGGUUAAAAAUGUGAUUGCUCCGCAAAUUAUUGGGAAACAACAACUGCCUACCCAACAACCAUUUGCUGACAAUAAUACCCAUCAGAUGAACGCAUCUCCAAAUUCGUUUGGUCAAAAUAUGUACAAUAACCAUAAUUCUAACCAGUCACUGGCUUUUGCAAAUAAUGAAGAGCCUUUGAUGAUGAAAGCAAAACCAAUUCAUAAACUCACCACCCAGGAUUUUGUCAACAGCUUCAAGAGAGCCAAUUCUUAUAAAUCUCCAUUAUUUAUCAGAAAGAAGGUUUUCCAAGAGGUUGGCGAUUUGUAUUCUAAAUUUCCAGUUUUUGAUUUAAACAGAUUAUAUCAAAAUGAGGCGCAUAAUGUUAUCAAUGCGGAUAUUCAAAACCCUUACAGUGAUUUGAAGUAUAUUAUUGGGAUUUUGAGUUUCAGUUAUAUGAAGUCAUACCAAGAAUUGAUCAAAUACUUUUAUGACAGAUUGUAUCUACAAAAUAUCAGUGAUUAUGAUUAUACCGGAUUGUCAGAGGAAGAGGUUGUACAAUCAAAAACUAUUCGUCGGAAACUUUUCUUCAAAAUAUUAGAAAAAAUUUGGACUAUCCAUAAUUAUUUCAGAAUUCAAUCAGCAUUGAUUCAAACCGAUCUCACCAACUUGACGAAUUUUAGUGAUUCGUUACUAACAGAGCUCAUGUUCCAUAGACAAUUGUUGAAUUUUGAGAAUAUGAUUAACAAUUUGACCUCGACCCCGGCAAUCAUUUGGCGUCGGUCUACUGAAAUCGUGUUUAUGAGCGAUGAGAUUUGUACCCUAAUUGGGAUCAAAAAUAAGGCAAAAUUCUUGAGCAAAAGAAGGUUCUUGUGCGAAAUCAUUGACGAUAUGUCGAUUUUAAAUUACUUCAAACUUAUUAAUAAUGUAUUACUCGGGAAUAAGGACCCGCCUGGUGGUGGAGGUCAUCAUCAUCAUGCUCAGAAGAGAUUUGAUAACAAUCAUUUUGGGUCUGACUUGGUUGAUAUUCUCGAAAAUGAGUUGAGUGAUGAGCGUAUCAACAAUGGCAGUGGUGUGACCAAUGGGGGGUUGAUCAGACUAAAUUGUAAAUUCAUCAAUCAUAACUACAAAGGAGAACGUCGCCCCGCACAUACCAGCGAAGAUAACAAUAAGGGACAUCUCAACAACAAUAACCCAAUGUUUGGAUUAAGAAGAAAUCAAUCUAAUGCCUCGCUUUUGAAAAAUGGCUCUCUUUUUCGCGGGUCUUCCAUAGACAAUUUCCAUGUGUUUGAGAGCAAUAUACAUGCUAGAGGAGCGGGUGCUAAGCCUUACAGUAAAGAAAUCAAUGAAGAUUUUGAGCAACAACAAAAGUUUAUCAGUUGCAGCAGUAUCUUGACGAUUAAAAUGGACAUGUUCGAUAUACCAAUGCUUAUAGUUGGCCAAUUCUUGCCAAUCUUGGAAUGA